AUGCCUGACCAACGCAAGCGGCGGCGCUCUCGCUCACGUUCGCGCUCGGCGAGUAAGCGUCCAGCUGUAGAGCUGGACGAAGAGCAGCGCCAAGAAGCAGAGCGCAUAGCUGCCAUCGCCAAACGUGCAGAAGAGCGAGCAGCCGAGCGACGGACAAAGGAAAAGGAGGAAGCCGCUUCUAAGUCGAAAGAUGCGUCUUCGAGCGAGCGAAAGCUGCCACUGAAGAUCGAAGAAGCCUCCGCAGCAACGGAAGAGCCUCCUUCCAAGCCGACGUUCCGUUCGAAAGCUCAGAGACAGAGAGACGCGCUCGAGAGACUCGAGAAGAAGCGACAGGAGAUGGACAAGCAGCGAAAGGAGACGGAGGAAGCUCGACGCCAGUUCCUGCAGCGUCAGCGCAGCGAGAGAGAACGAGACCGAAGCGCCAGGUCCAAUGGAGACCGUCGUCGUGAUGAUCGAACUGGAAGCUCCAGAGACCGACGUGGAGAAACAACUUCUUCAUCGAAGAACGAAGACAAACCAGCACUACUCGAUCCUAGCGAGGCGAAGGCUCUACAAGCUCUGAAAGAUCAGUACUUGGGAAAGACAGUGAAGAAGAAGAAAGUAAUCAAAGCGAGUGAGAAAUUCUCCAAAGUUUUUCAGUUUGACUGGGAAGCUUCCGAGGAUACAAGCGCGGAUCUAAAUCCGUUGUAUGCCCAUCGUAUGGAUGUGAAUCUACUCUAUGGACGCGGUUAUCGUGCCGGUGUGGACAUGCGUGAACAACGCAAGCAGAACUCGUUCUUGGAGGAACUGAGUCACAAGCGCCAGAAGGAGCAACAGCAAGCGGACGCGACUGACGGCAGCUUAACGAGUGAACAGAUCGCAGCUAGACAGCAAGAACGCGAGCGUGCUCUGCGCAAUAUGCAGGCUCGCGAACGAGACCGUAUCCAGGAGAUGGCAUCCCGGGAGGCGAAGACUAUGGGCACGCACUGGUCGGAGAAGUCGCUGGAUGAGAUGAAGGAGCGUGACUGGCGUAUCUUCCGUGAAGACUUUGACAUUACGCUCAAAGGUGGACGCGCUCCUCAUCCUCUACGUAAGUGGAGCGAAGCAGGCAAGAUGCUGCCGGACGCUGUGUACAAGGCCAUUAAGGACUUAGGCUUCGAACGCCCGUCACCUAUUCAGAUGCAGGCUAUCCCUAUUGGAUUGCAGAAGCGCGAUAUCAUCGGUAUUGCAGAGACUGGUUCCGGUAAGACUGCAGCCUUCGUGAUCCCUAUCAUCGCCUACAUCUACUCUCUACCUGCUACAAUGGUGGCACGGACGGGCGAACAAGGUCCGUUGGCGCUGGUUAUGGCACCUACGCGUGAACUGGCGCUGCAGAUUGAGCAAGAAGCUAUUAAGCUGUGCAAGCACACGAGUGUGGGGCUACCAGAGAAGAUGAACCCUAUCAAGACUUUGUCGGUUGUUGGUGGACAGAGCAUCGAAGACCAGGGAUUCCGUCUUCGUGAGGGUGUCGAGAUCAUCAUCGGUACUCCUGGUCGUCUCAUGGAUUGUCUGGAAAGCCACUACUUGGUGCUGAACCAGUGCAACUAUGUGGUGCUGGAUGAAGCCGAUCGUAUGAUUGAUAUGGGCUUUGAACCGCAGGUUGUUGCUGUCUUGGAGAACAUGGGGUCACUGUUGAAGUCGGAGAACGAAGAAGAGAUGGAACAACAACUCACGUUGGCGAAUAGAGCUCAGCUAGGAGAAUUUCAGCAUCGUCUUCGUGUCACGACCAUGUUCAGUGCCACGAUGCCUGUCGAGGUGGAGCGUCUAGCGAAGACGUUUCUACGCCACCCGUCGAUUGUCAAGAUUGGCGAUGAGGACUCUGGCAAGAACAAGCGUAUCGAACAACGUGUCAUGUUCAUGAAUCCAGGCAAGAAACGCUCCAAGCUGGUGGAGGUGCUGCGUGAUAUUCUCAGUGCGCAGAAUGUUCCGGUGCCUCGGUCUCGUAAGGAGAAAGUGGUGGAUGGCGCCAAGAUCAUCGUGUUCGUCAACAUUAAGAAGGAAUGUGACUCGGUGGCCAAGUUUAUCUCGAGCGAAGGCUUCCGUUGCACCAUCUUGCAUGGCGGCAAGACGCAGGACCAGCGAGAAGAGAGUCUCAAGAUGUUCCGCGAAGGAUAUUGCGAUAUGUUGGUGGCUACGGAUGUGGCUGGACGUGGUCUGGACAUCCCUGAUGUGACGCAUGUUGUCAACUUCGACCUACCGUCCAAGAUCCAGAACUACUCGCACCGUAUCGGACGUACCGGUCGUGCCGGUAAGGACGGUGUAGCCAUCUCGCUCCUCACUGACGACGACGAGGAGAUCAUGUACGACCUCAAGCAAUAUCUCGUGUCGACAGAGAUGCCUGUACCCAGUGAACUGGCCAAUCAUCCGUCUGCUAAGGCUGCUCCGGGUGCUCGUGACGAGAAGGGAAACGUCAUUGCUCGCUCCAAACGUGACACUGUCAUCUACGCCAAAUAA